AUGAUGGUUUUGAGAAUUCUGUUCCCUCUUCUGGUUGCUUUAAUACAAUCUUUGGUUAUAGCAGCAUUGACAGAUCAACAAGAUUUUGAUGCUCUACAGUCUCUCAAGAAAUUAUGGGAGAAUGUGCCACCCAACUGGGAAGGGGCUGAUCCAUGUGGAAAUGGGUGGGAUGGAAUUGAGUGCAUCAACUCACGUGUUGUUUCCAUCAAAUUAUUGAGCAUCAAUUUGACCGGUCAGCUAUCCUCGGACAUCCAAGAACUAUCUGAAUUGGAGACCUUGGACCUAUCGUAUAACAAAGAUUUAACAGGGUCUCUGCCUACAACUAUUGGAAAUAUGACGAAACUAUCAAACUUAUUCCUUGUUGGGUGUGGGUUUUCUGGCCCUAUACCAUCCUCAAUAGGAUCUCUACAAGAGCUGGUUUUUCUAUCUCUAAAUUCAAACAGAUUUAGCGGUAGUAUACCACCUUCCAUUGGUCUUCUAUCAAAACUUUUUUGGCUGGAUUUGGCGGAUAAUAAGCUUAGUGGAACUAUCCCGGUCUCUGAGGGAACGACAACUGGUCUUGAUAAGCUUGUUCACACAAAACACUUUCAUUUUCGUAAAAAUCAGUUAUCUGGGGAAAUACCAUCGCAGCUUUUUAAUUCAGAUAUGACUCUUAAACAUCUGCUUCUCGAAAACAACUUGCUAACUGGAAACAUCCCUUCCACGCUAGGACUCGUCCAGACCCUGGAGAUUGUACGCCUAGACAAGAAUUCUUUAAAUGGAUCCGUACCCCCAAACCUCAACAAUCUCACUUCUGUACUGGAGCUGUACUUGGCAAACAAUAAGUUGACUGGCCCCUUGCCCAAUCUUACUGGCAUGAAUUUGCUCUACUAUGUGGAUUUGAGCAAUAAUUCAUUUGCUGCAUCAUAUGUUCCAGCAUGGUUUUUGACUUUGGAGAAGUUAACUUCACUAAUAAUGGAAGAUACACGAAUACAAGGACCACUUCCAGUUUCUCUGUUCAGCUUAAUUCAGUUGCAGAAAGUGGUAUUGAGGAACAACAAGAUCAAUGGAACCUUGACUAUUGGCUCUAGUUAUAGCAACCGACUCCAACUCAUUGAUUUAAGAAACAACACCAUCGAUCACUUUAGGCCCUCUACGGAACGAGCUGGUCAAAAUGUUCAAAUCAUACUUGCAGGUAAUCCAAUAUGUGUUGAAGGAGGAACAGAAACAGAAACAGAAACAUACUGCAGCAUACCCCAGCCAACUAAUGACUCAUAUUCUACACCCCCAGAAAAUUGCACGCCUUCUUCCUGUAGUCCAGAUCAAAUUUCUAGCCCAACAUGCAAAUGUGCACAUCCAUAUACUGGCAUCAUAAUCUUCAGAACACCUUUCUUCUCCAACUUGAGAGACAAGAGUUUUUUCGCAUCCCUGCAGAAAGAACUGAUCCUCACAUUCAAGUUUAAUAAUCUCCCUGUUGAUUCUGUCUCCCUGAGUAAUCCUACAAAUGAUUUAGAUGAUUAUCCCGUACUGAAUCUACAAGUUUUUCCAUCUGGCCAAAAUUAUUUCAAUCGAACUGGAAUAUCUGGAAUUGGAUUUGUGCUAAGCAACCAAACAUUCAAGCCUUAUUUUUUCAUUGGAGAAAACUAUGGGUACUUAGAUUUGGCCACUGGUUCAAGCAAGUCAUCAAGCAGUGGGAUUAUCAUUGGAGCAGCUGCUGGUGGAUCUGUCCUAUUUCUAUUGUUACUCACUGCAGGGAUUUAUGCUUUCCGCCAGAAGAGAAGAGCUGAAGUAGCUGCCAAAAAGAAUGACCCUUUUGGAUCCUGGGAUCCAAAAACAAACAGCGGUGGAGUUCCUCAGUUAAAAGGAGCUAGAUGUUUCUCAUUUGAAGAACUUAAGAAAUACACAAAUAACUUUUCGGAAGUCAAUGAUGUUGGAAGUGGUGGCUAUGGAAAGGUAUAUAGAGGAACUCUUUCCAACGGACAACUGGUUGCUGUUAAAAGGGCUCGGCAAGGAUCUAGGCAAGGCGGUCUUGAGUUUAAAACCGAGAUCGAGCUGCUAUCAAGGGUUCAUCACAAGAAUGUUGUCAGCCUUGUUGGUUUUUGUUUCGAGCAAGGUGAACAAAUGUUGGUCUAUGAAUAUAUUGCAAAUGGCACAUUGAAGGAUAGUCUUUCAGGGAGAUCAGGAAUUAGGUUAGAUUGGAUGAGGAGACUUCGAAUAGCCCUUGGUGCAGCAAGAGGGUUGCAAUAUUUGCAUGACCUUGCUGACCCUCCCGUCAUACAUAGGGAUGUCAAAUCAACUAAUAUCUUGUUGGAUGAACGCCUGAAUGCAAAAGUCGCAGAUUUCGGUCUUUCUAAGCUUAUGGGAGAACCUGAAAGGGGUCACGUUACCACUCAAGUAAAAGGCACAAUGGGCUAUUUGGAUCCUGAAUAUUACAUGACGCAGCAAUUGACUGAAAAAAGUGAUGUGUACGGCUUUGGAGUAUUGCUGCAUGAACUUUUAACUGCAAGAAGUCCAAUUGAGAAAGGGAAGUACAUAGUUCGGGAAGUGAAGCUAGCAAUGGAUAAGACAAAGGAGAUGUAUAACCUUCAGCAAAUUCUUGAUCCGAUAAUAGCUUCAAGUAUGGCAGCAAGAAGCUUAGAAAAGUUUGUUGAUCUGGCUUUGAAGUGUGUUGAAGAAUCAGGGGUCGAUAGGCCAACAAUGAGCGAGGUGGCAAAAGGGAUAGAGAACAUCAUGGAAUUGGCUGGUCUGAAUCCUAAUGCUGAAUCUGCUUCAACUUCAGCAAGUUAUGAAGGGGAAAAGAAAGGGUCUGAGAAUCCUUAUACUAAUGAAAGUCUCUUCGACUAUAGUGGCGCCUAUCCACCUUCAAGUGCUCAUGAUUGA